UCAGUGAUGCUUUAGGUUAGUCAAUUUGCUGCAAAGUAUUGGCACCCCCACCAAGCAGUAUAAAAGGUUAUGCCGAUGGGUAGAGGGGUGCCAAUACUUUGUGCAGUGCAAUAGACUAAUGUAGGUGCCCUAUAUAUAUAGUAGGAAGGUCUAACAAAUCAGCAUGUUAACCGAUAAGGCCAUGUUAGUCAGUUUGCGUUCACGUGAAUAGAAACCGAAAGUAAAACAUACUCGAGACAUCAGAAAGAUCACAGGAAUUAUUCUUCUCUCGCCAUGAAUCCGCAGGUUGUGUUCGCCCUGGGUGGACCCGGAGCCGGAAAAGGAACCCAAUGCUCCAAAAUUGCUGAGCACUACAGCUACACACACCUGUCUGCUGGUGAUCUGUUGAGAAAAGAGCGCAGCCGAACAGACUCUGAGUUCAGCCAGAUCAUCGACAGCUGCUUUAAACGGGGAGAGUUCGCCCCUGUGGAGAUCACCAUCACCUUACUGAGAAAGGCAAUGGAGGAGACCAUGAAGACCGGUGAGAACAAGUUUCACUUCCUUAUCGACGGCUUCCCUCCAAACGAGGAUAACCUGCAAGGCUGGAUGAAGGUCAUGGAUGGCAAAGCAGAUGUCAAAUUUGUCCUUUUUUUGGACUGUAGUAACGAAGUUUGCAUCAACAGGUGCCUAGAAAGAGGGAGGACUAGUGGAAGGGAUGAUGACAACAAAGAGAGCUUGGAGAAAAGGAUCCAGACGUACCUGCGGUUCAUGCGGCCGAUCAUAGAGCGUUACGAGAAGCAGGGAAAAGUGCGCACUGUCGAUGCCUCACGCUCCCUCAAUGAGAUCCAGAAGCUUUCUGAUUUGCUGUCUUUCUUGAUCUGCUGUGCAGGUCUUUGCCGAUGUGAAGUCAGUCUUCGACAGAGAAGGAUGAUCCUGCUGACUUUGCCCUGAAGGACUUUCCUUAAUGUCGACGACUCUAUGAGUGACUCUUGAGCGUCUGUAGAUGGCGGAAGCGUGUGUUACACACGGAGCAGCAGUACGGUUUCUCGCCGGUGUGGAUCAGCACGUGAG